UAUUUACACGUAUACAUAUAUGUAUCAUUACAUAUAUACGUAUAUCUAAAUAUACAUACGUAUAUAUGUGAUUAUACGUGUGUGUGUAAAACAUCAUAAUUCUACAUGUUUUCACCUGUCUGGGCUUUUUUUCCCGUAAUUGCAAGAAGAAAAAAACAGGAGAGUUUCCUGGCGAGGUGGGCGAUUUUGUCGUGGAGUAAUUUACGUUAUGGUUUGUACGUCACGCUUUGCCACAUAGAGUCUCAGCCACACUCUGUCAUUGUCACUCUCUGUCAUUGUCACUCUGUGCCUCAGGCGGGAAACACGCAGUAGCAGCUGUCGACACUCAGUCAUGUUUCUGAUCAGAUGUCUUCUAUUUGCUUUAACUCUAUUUGCACUGGUCGUGAGUCAGGAUGCGACUGCCGGUCCAAGAUAUACACUGAAGGCAGGUGAAGUUUGUCGUUCCGGAUUUUACCAGGUCAGGAAGGACACCUGCUAUCAGUGCACGGAGUGUCACGAAAGUACUGGGAGCCAAACGGUAAAGGAAUGCGCAAAAUACAGCAACAGCCGAUGUCAGUGUCGUCCGGGCUUCGUUUUCUGGCGGAUGGAAGAUCACUCGGUUUGCAAGUGUGACGUCGGAUCUGGAUUGACCAAAGGAGAGUGUUCUGAAUGUGAAGUUGGGUUUUUCAACACCGUCAUCAACAACCCGUGUCAGAAAUGGACAGUCUGUAAGUCAGGAGUCAACAUCACGGGGUCCCGGACCAGAGACGUGGUCUGCAAUGAACCAAGUACCCAGCAAACCAAACAAGAUGUAAAAACAACCACCGCUGUCGCCACCGCUGCUGUCGCCACAUCUGCUGUCGCCACUGCUGCUGUCGCCACAACCGCAGUGUCGCCGGGACAGGAAGUGAUCAGAACACCACGAGAAACAGGCGGCUCUUCUCAUUCUGGACACUACGGCAAACACACAGGUGUCGUUCUCUUAAUGCUUGGAAUCUUCCUCCUGGUUCUACUGACGGCCGUGGUGUGUAAACAGUACAUGUCCCCGGGGCCGCAGACCAAGCCAGAACUGGAGGUGAAGGAGUCGCAGUACGGGCGUCCAGUGGAGGAGAGCGGCGACGGCAGCGAGGCCUCCGUCAAACAAAACCUCAUGGAGCCCUGAGGAGACUCCACCUCCCCCCCCCAACGAUCGCACUUCAGCAGAU